AUUUGACCUUUUUAAUUCUUUAUGUUCUUUCGUAUUCCUAAUUAAUUUUGUUGGUUUUGUAUUGUGCUAUUAUACCUACUAAUCAUCAAUUAAUCAUAUUACACCUGCACUAUAAGAACACACAUUACUGUAGUAAACUAUAGUGUAGAUUUCACAUGUAAAUAGUCUUGGUUGCUCGCGGCUACAACAGAAACUCCAUUUGGUUGGUCGUCAAUCGAAUUUGUUGUACAAAAUAUCAAUGCAUUGUACUCAUACAUGCAUAGCACAACAAUCGUAUAAUCAUCAUUAUUAUUAUGUCUGUAAAAAAUAUCGCGAUCGUCGCGUUUCUAGUGUCGACUGCGGUCAUCGUGACGCUGUCAAAGCUGUGCUCGGGCGAUGAAGACGACCAGAAUCAGAUAUUUUACGCUAUCGCCGAUGACGACAAUAAUAUUAGGAUUCGACACACGGAAGACGGCAGAUUCGUCGGUAAAGCUAGUUACACUCGGAGUUUAAACGUCACAGGAUGGGAUUACCUAGAAAUACUUACAUCUAUUAAAGUAGAUGACGCAACCCAAGCCUAUACUGCUGGUUUGUUGGAAGGAUACGUCACCGCUGACUUAAUUAACAUGUAUUGGCAAAAUAUUUUUCAAAACUUCUGUGAUGGUCGAGCUGAUCUAUGCGUAAAACUGGACAAAUAUUUGCAGACAAAUAAAAAUUGGAUUAUGUCUCAAGUGACAGAGAAAAAUGAAUUGGACGCGUAUUGGCAUCAAGUUGGCCUCAUAUACAAGCAACUCGACGGGUUAUACGAUGGAUAUAAACUGAAUACAAAAGAAGGAAUGCAGUCUUUGACAUGGGAAAAUUUUUUUUGGAUGAACAUUCAAAAAGAUUUAUUUAAUUUAUGCGAUGUUUUUAAUUCUUCGCACCCUCAUAAAAAACAGUUUGGGGCUGGAUCGUGUUCAGUUCUUAUAAAAUUACUACCUGGAUCUAAAGAGUUGAUCUUUUCUCACGUAACUGAGAAUCGGUACGAAACAAUGUUGAGGAUACAAAAGCGAUAUCGUCUUAAUUACAAGGAAAGUAAAUCGUCGUACCAGCUAGUUUUAGGCCACGACAUAACAUUUAGUUCAUAUCCCGGUUGUCUAUACUCGAUGGACGAUUUUUACUUGAUUUCUUCAGGUUUAGCAGUCACCGAAACCACUAUUUCAGUUUACAAUCCACAGCUAUGGGCCUAUGUUCAGCCAAUUGGGCAGAUGAUGGUUUUCAUUCGGGUGAUGGUAGCGAAUCGUCUUGCAUCCGACGGAUUGGCCUGGACGAAAUUAUUUAAGCAACAUAACAGUGGCACUUAUAACAGUCAAUGGCUGGUGAUAAAUUAUUCGCUGUUUCGACCAGGUCGCAAAUUACCUCGGAGAGGGUUGCUUUACGUAUUGGAACAAAUACCCGGACUGGUCGAGACGUGUGACGUGACUGAACCGUUUACGAACCAGACGUACUGGGCUAGCUACAACGUGCCAUUCUUACAGAUGAUAUCCAAAGCCAGCGGUCAAGAUGAUAUGGUGAAGCGAUAUGGAAAUUGGUUUUCAUACCAAGACACUCCUCGGGCUCGUAUAUUCGCUAGGGAUCAUGUCGAUGUGACGGACGUGCCGAGUAUGCUGCGCCUAAUGCGAUCUAAUGAUUUCAGAAAUGAUCCAGAGUCCAGGUGCGACUCUUGUGUUCCCCCGUAUUCGGCUGAAAACGCCAUUUCGUCCAGGAAUGAUUUAAAUGACAAAGACGGAGUGUACCCAUUUGAAGCACUUGGCUAUUCUAAUCGGGGUGCUAUAGAUGCAAAAGUAACGAGUUACAUAACCUUCAAGAGGCUAAAAUUUUUGGCUGUUUCCGGGCCAACUUGGGGCACAGGAGGACAUCUUGGUGGAUUCUGUUGGAGCAAAUCACACGCGGCCAACGUUAGCCAUGUUGGACUACCUGACUGUUGGAAUUUCAAACCUAAAUUACAUAAGUGGCAGUGGCAAAACUAGAGCUUAAGUCUUAGGAGGAAUUAUAACCUAGGUUAGAUAAUUAGGUAAGGUUAACGCUGUAACUGUAAACUACGAAUUCAUGCUAAUGAAUAAAGAUGAAAAACAGUUUUAAGGUGAGAAUGAAUAAUUUGAUUUUUAAGGGAUACAUGUUUUGUUUUUGGAAGCAGGAAGGGGUAUAAACCUGAUCACUUUUACUUAAUAGGUGAUUUAAGAUGACUUCGUGAUUUAACUGUUUAUAACGCGUAUCUAUAUAUUUAAUAAUUUUACGUAAAAGCGUCAACAAGAAAUACUGGCAAUUAGGAGGUAUUUUGGAGUCAAAGAGCUAAGACAGCUGAAACAGAUCUAAUUAUAAAAAUUACGCAUACAAUCAUAGAAAUUAUAUUUAAAAAAUAAAAAAUGUUAUAAAAAUAGUUAUAUAGUAGGUAAUAAUACGAAUCAAUAUUCAUGUAUAUCCACAAUAAUAACAAUGUCAUUAAAAAAUACAUAUUGUCAUAUUUAUGGAAAGUGAAUUAAUUAGUUAUACUUCUAACACUAUUACCUAUAGCCAUCUGCACCAAACUAUAGUUUUUAAUGUGUAUAUGUAUUAGGUAUAUGCUAUACAUGUUUUAUUUUUUUAUUGUUGUAUAAAUUAA